AUGUCAAAAAAACCGCAGGAACUAUUUGACGUGAAUGGAAACCCUCUGAAUCCAUACAUUCCACGAUUUAUUUCCAAUAAACCAUGGUAUAAUGACCAGGAUACGACGGAUGACCUCUCGCACCAGCGGCUUGAGGUGGGGAAAGUUAAUGAUUAUAGGGAACCUCGCAUUGGUGACGGGAUCACUGACAACUUCAAGGUGAGUAAGGAGACGAAGAGGCACAAGUCGCGAAAUGGUAAAAUCUCGAAAAGCUCCAAAGUCACCAAGGGAUGUGCCAACUGUGGCAGUGAUCUACAUUCAACCAAAGAGUGUUUCGAGAAGCCGAGGAAGCUGAAGAACAGGGUAACAGAGGAACAAAGCCAUACAGAUGUGCGGGUGAGGCAGGUUGAUGACUGGGACAGCAAGAGGGACAGGUGGUUUGGGUAUGAUGUGGAUGAGUACAAGCUAAAAGAUUUCCAAAGUGCAGCCGUAGAAACGGCUCUCGGCUCCGAAGAGGAGGAUGAGCUGGAGGAGCUACGAAGUCUGGGACUUGAGCCAGAAAAGCUAGGAUCCAGGCCGGAUGUUGGCGACACAGAAGGGAAGAUCGGUGUGAGGGGACUGGACGAGAAAGCCAGCUACAUAGACGGAAUCAAGCGGGGCGAGGAGGUCAGGUACGAUCCACGCACUCGAAAGGUUCAAGACGAUCUUGCUGAUGAUGGAAUGUUUAUUAAGGCAAAGGACGCCGAGCAGUUUGAGAAGGAUCGCAGGUUCAAUGUUGAUGUUUCGAAGUAUCAGUGA